AAGGAAAAUGCCGGCCCGGAAGCGGAACCCGCGGCCUCCUCGCCUCUUCCACUCAGCCCCGGGGGCGGUAUGGCGGCGGCGGGGCCGGUGGACUGUCACUGCCAUCUCGCUGCGCCCUGCUUCCAGACGGACGUGGCGGCCGUGGUGCGGGCGGCGGAACAGGCCCCGGUGUCGGCGCUGGUGGUGGUGUCGGAGCAGGCGGGGGAGUUCCGGAGCGUCGUGGCGCUGUCGGAGAGAUUCCCAGGGUUUGUUUUGCCGUGCCUGGGAGUUCACCCGGUUCAAGAGGUUUCGCCAGAGGAGCAGCGCAGUGUUACUUUGAAGGAUCUGGAUGCUGCAUUGCCACUUAUAGAACUCUACAAAGAUAAAUUGGUGGGGAUUGGCGAAGUUGGACUAGAUUUCACUCCCAGAUUUGCCAGCACGGAUGAACAGAAGGAAGGACAAAGACAGGUUUUGAUCAAGCAGAUUGAGUUAGCGAGAAGACUGGAUUUGCCUUUAAAUGUUCAUUCCCGCUCAGCUGGAAGACCAACCAUUAAUCUCUUAAAGGAACAAGGUGCUACAAAGGUGUUGCUCCAUGCGUUUGAUGGGAAGCCAUCUGUAGCGAUGGAAGGGGUGAAAGCUGGAUAUUUCUUCUCCAUUCCUCCUUCCAUUAUAAGGAGUGAACAGAAGCAGAAGCUUGUGAAGCUGUUACCUCUGGAAAGUAUGUGCUUGGAAACUGACUCUCCGGCUCUGGGGCCUGAAAAACAGGUGAGAAAUGAACCAAAAAAUAUUUACAUUGCUGCAGAAUAUAUUGCCAAAAUUAAAGGAAUUCCAGUUGAAGAAGUUAUAGAAGUGACUACACAGAAUGCACUGAAAGUAUUCCCCAAGCUUCGGAACUUCCUUCGGAUAUAGAUUCAGAAACUGAAAUAUGAUAUUGCAGAAACUAUUAUUUAUGAUGUAAUUAAGACCAAUGUGCAUCUUGUCUUAAA